UGAGUCUUGCUUAAGGUUUUGGGGAGUGGUUCUUUCUUCUUUCAAACUGCAUGGCAACUAGAAUUGAUCAAACCUGGACCAAGUCAUUGCAUCUCAAUCAACUCAUCCGUUUCAUUAUCACAAUCAUCUUUUUAGCUUUCCUUUUCAUUAGUCCUACAAGUUCCAUACAUCAUCAUCACCUCCAUGAAUCCUCAUCUAAGAACAGUUUGGCUCCUUCCAAGAGGUUCCGUUUACAACCUUCAACUCCAUCUUCACCCACUAUGCAUUUGCGUCCAACAGCUCACACUCGAGGUAGUCGUACAAGGAAGAGGAGAAGAGAGUUUGGAGCUGAAGCUCAUGAGGUUCCAAGUGGUCCAAACCCUAUCUCAAACUAGGUAAUUUAAUUUAAUAUUUGAGGGUGAGUUUGAAAGAUGAGUCAAUAUAGUUAUAUGCAAGUUUGUAAUGGAUGGAGAGAGUUAUCAUGGAUUUUUAAUUAUAUAUUUGUGUUUCCCUUUCUUUUUGGGU